CACUCCGCCCCGCCCCUGACCCGGGUCCUAUAAAAGCACUGGGCGCCUCGUUCUCUCUGAGAUAAAACCGUCCCGGCGGCUCCGGCACCAGGGUCCGGCCUGCGACAGCCCAUCCAGGCUUGGACGCUGGAUCAACACCUGUGACUUCACGUGUGCGCUCCCGCUACAUCUGUAGUCAUAUCCAUAGCCACCUUGGCCGAGGAAUCCACACUUAGUUUCGGAACCUAGGUGGCUAUAAGUUCUCAGACCGCAUUUGUGACCCUUAACACCCUACACCUGGGUCACACUUGCGAUAAAUUCCCACUUGUGACCAACACAUAUAAUCACAUUUGUGACACUUGGCCACACUAUCCGUGGCUACAACCUCAAACCUUAGUGACACCCAAAGGACUCUUACUUCAUUUGUAAUACCUGACUGCUGCAGAGACUGCAGCCUAUCCCAGAGUAGGACCUACUCUGAUUCUCCCAGACUGCCUUUGUAGAAGCAAUGGCCUCAGAGAGGGGGUCCCAGCGCAUACUGUUUGGAGAGUGGCUUCUGGGCGAGGUCAGCAGCGGCCAGUACGAGGGCCUGCGGUGGCUGGACGAGGCUCACACAGUCUUCCGUGUGCCCUGGAAGCAUUUUGGGCGCAAGGAUCUGGAUGAAGCUGAUGCCCGGAUCUUCAAGGCCUGGGCUGUGGCUAGAGGGAGGUGGCCACCUAGUGGAGGUAACCUACCACCCCCAGAGGCUGCAGAGCGAGCAGGCUGGAAAACCAACUUCCGCUGUGCACUUAGGAGCACACGUCGCUUUAUCAUGCGUAAAGACAAUUCAGGGGACCCUGCUGACCCACACAAAGUAUAUGAACUUAGCCUGGAACUUGGCUCCACUGAAGGCCCAGCCAUGGAAAACGGGGAAGAAGUGGCCGUCGGCAAUGCCUUACCUGCACAGGCUGUGUCCCUAGGACCCUUCCUGGCAAGAGGAAAUGCUGAGCUUCAGACUCCAAGCCCUCUGUUCUCUGGUGAUGCUGGGGACCUCUUGCUUCAGGUUCUGCAGCAAAGCCUCCUGGAGGACCACCCACUAGAACCUGAGCCUGGGGCAGACCCAGCUCCAUCACAGGAUCCUGGCCGGGAGCCAGAACAUGCUUCUGAGGAGCUUCAUGCAGCAUGGCAGGUGGAAGCCGUCCCCAGCCCCAGGCUUCAACACCCAACUUUGAUGACUGAGCACAAUCUAGGGUCCCUGGCUGUGACCAUCAUGUACAAGGGCCGCACAGUGCUCCAGGAAAUGGUGGGACACCCCAGCUGCGUGUUCCUGUAUAGCCCCAUGAGCUCAGCGAUAAGAAACUCAGAGCCCCAGCCAGUGAUUUUUCCCAGCCCUGCUGAGCUCCCGGAUCAGAAGCAGUUGCAUUACACAGAGACACUUCUGCAGCAUGUGUCACCAGGCCUUCAGCUGGAGCUGCGGGGGCUGUCACUGUAUGCCCUGCGCAUGGGCAAGUGCAAGGUGUACUGGGAGUUGGGCAGCCCCAUGGGCUCCACCAACCCAUCCACCCCAGCCCAGCUGUUGGAACGCAACUGCCACACCCCAAUCUUCGACUUCAGCACUUUCUUCCGAGAGUUGGACGAGUUCCGGGCCCGGAGGCGGCAAGGAUCACCAUACUACACCAUCUACCUGGGUUUUGGGCAAGACUUGUCAGCAGGAAGGCCCAAGGAGAAGAGCCUGAUUCUGGUGAAGCUGGAGCCAUGGCUAUGCAAAGCACACCUGGAAGGUGUGCAGCGUGAGGGUGUGUCCUCCCUGGACAGCAGCAGUCUUGGCCUGUGCCUGUCUAGCACCAACAGCCUCUAUGAUGAUAUCGAACACUUCCUCAUGGACUGGAACAGUGUGCCUACCCAGAACUGCAAAUCCCAAUAAAGAGAGUCUAGAACCAGU